AUGACUCACGGCGGUUGGCAGGGCUCUGGCGAGGCUGGCCCCGGCCCGCGCUCCAGCCCGCAGCAGAUGCCUGCCCGGCCCUCCCUUCCCUCGCCGGCCAAACCCGCCCGGAGCCCCGGGGCUGCGGGAGCGCCGUCCGCCUCCGCGGGGCCCGAGCGGCCAGGAGUCGGCCGGCGCCUCCCGCCCGGCCCGCGCCACCCUCGGCCCGCGCGGCCGCCUCUCCUCCCCCCUCCACCCGCCCCCCGCCGCCUCUGCGGUCCCGGCCGGGCACACUCCGGAAAGUUGCUAGGGCCGCGGAGGCGGGAGGGGAGGAAGGGAGGAGAGAGGCGGAGGCGUGGACCAGGCGGGCAGCAACCGGGCCCGCCAGGGAGUGAUCCUCCGACUGUGAAAAACCAAACCUCUUGCUGCCUGGCUCCCUAG